AGCGUCUGGUGACCUCGCGUGUGCAGAUCCUCCUCUCCCCACGUGAGCCACCCCCCAUCCCUGGUCUUAGUGGAUAGGGAGGAGAGCUCCCUCAUCUUGGUGUCUUCUGGUGCUGUGUUCAUCAGCGCACCAGCCUGCAUCGUGAUGGCCCUCGCCUACACUGCGAGGCCUGAAGGCCUUCGUGCUGUCAGCAAAAAAGAGCAAUGUGGCGGCAAGGACCGUGGCGUAGUGACUGAGGCAGAGCCCAGUACGAUACCGCUCGUGUCGGCUUACUCUCCCGCGGACAUCGACGCCGUCAUCCAUCAGACGGGCAAGCAGCGGCAUUCCAUGGAGGGCUUCGAUGACAAGUGAGUGAGUCUGAAGCACACAACAAACGAACCGACAAACAAAGGCAGGUCCACCACACUCACUUUGGUGAUGGCAUGGCAUGAUGUGUGCUGUGCAGGUAUGUGGAUAUUGUGAAUUACAUUUUGAACAUCACCCACGAGAUUUGGGAGAGGAAGGACCUCAGCCUCAUCUACGACACCUACUCGGACAGCUGUGACGUGUACAGCCUCUCCGGCGUCACGGUGGGCGUCGAGCCGGUGGUGCGGGGCACCAUCCGCAUGUUGGCGGCCUGGCCCGACCGCACCAUGUACCCCGCCAACGUCAUCUGGAGCGGUAGCGAUGCCUGUGAGGACGGCUUCUACUCGUCCCACAAGAUCAUCUCACAUAUGACACACGGUCAGGCGCGGGCUCAGGGAGGGAGGGAGGGAGCCUUUGUAGUGGGAAGACGUACAUGUGUUGUGUUGUGCUGUGUUGUGUCUGCUCAGAUGGCGACGAUAAGUUGUUUGGCGCGGCCACCGGCCGUCAGGUGCGUGUGACGACCAUUGCCGACUGCUGCAUCAGACACAACAAAAUAUACCUCGAGUGGUAAGGCCGGCAGGGAAAGAUCCCCACCCCACCGUGUGUCAAGGCGGUUGCCUUGCCUUAUUCCAUUGGCCUCUGCUGCCUGGGUGCCCCUCCCUCCCCCUCAGGUUGGCCCGUGACAAUUCGGCCAUAUUGGUGCAGCUGGGCAAGGACGUCCACGAGACCGCUCGUCAGCUGGCUGCCGCCCCCUACCCGCCGCCCCUGGCCUCAUACAUCCGAUCAGAGAUCGACAAGGCCGCCACAGCCACCGAGGCGACGGGCAAUGAGCAGUCCGCCUUCCCCCCUCCCCCGCCCUUCCAUCCCCCUCCCGUGCGUGCCGUGUCGGUGGGCGGUGAGGUCGACUGGUACGUCAGUCUCCUCACACUCGCCUGGCACUCCAAGGACACCGGCAUGCUCGCCCCCCUCUACCACACCCACUCCUGCAUGGCCAUCCCGCGCGGCAAGGUGCUGACCGGCGUCAAGGACAUCCAGGCGUUCUUCGCCGCCAUGUGGAGCGUGUUCCCCGACGCCAGCAUGCGCGUGGACCACGUGUCGAGCGUGCCGUACAUGCCACCCUCAUCGGACAAGCAGUCCACUUGCGAGGGGUCUGCCGGAUCUGGCAGCGAGGCGUCGAGCCCUUCCUCCGCCAGGGAGGGGAAGGGAUGGGAGGCGCGGAGGAAGGGGAGCUGGAGAUCGUCACGCUCGAGUCGACCACUAGUGUGAGCACUGACUAUGUCCGUAGCAGUGGGGGGGCGGGGGGAGGGGUAGAUGUGGCUGUGCGGUGGGGAGUGGUGGGCACACACAGUGGGAUGGUAUCGCCUGGCAGCCCCCUGCAGUGGGAGGGGGUCACACCCACACACAAGGAGGUGUUUGUGCUGGGCAUCACACAUGCCCGGAUUGUGGGGUCUCGUGUGGUGGAGGAGUGGGUGGUGUUUGAUGAGCUGGCUGUGCUCCGCCAAAUGUACAGCCCUGUCGAUGCAUGAUUCUACAGCCCUGUCGAUGCGAUGCAUGGCGCAUGUGGUGCAUCUGCAGAUCCAUACAUACAUAAUCCCAUGCCGUGUUCAUGGCCACCGGGUGUGCUGUAUAGCCGCCCUGCCUGCCUGCCUGGCUGUCUGCCUGCCCUCCGUGCGUCGUUUUUGAAGCAUGUCUGGAGGGCUGUCCGUGUGUGUGAGAGAAUACGCAAUGUGCUUUUAGUCCGACAAGCACACUGACUACUGAUGACUGAUCUGUGUAUGUCGCUCGCUGUGUGACGGCAUACGUGUAAGCUCUAUGACUGGAUUGGAUUGCACAAUUCGCCCACGCGGGCGCGAACCAUCACAACCAUCCAUGCUGCGUACACAUGACACGUACGAGUGUGUGUACAUUACUUACCCUUUUUGAGCAGUUUUGUGCGUGUGAUGGAUGUUCAUGGCGUGAAUGUGUUGUGUUGUUUGUCAUUGGCAGUGCAGUCAUGUAGCAGUGCAGUGGACGGACAGGACAGGGAUGCAGGGCGGGGGGGCAGGUGCACACAGGAGGACACGCACGAGCGGGUUCAGCGUUUUGCCUGUUGCUUGCUCUGACGUUCGCUUUGGCUUCAUCCAUGUAAUCGAAUCUUUUCCCUGCCGUGCUUUGGAAGUGAUGUAUGUGUGCUCGUGGAUUGAUGCACUGGAUGCGGAGACCAGUUGAACGCAAUGAACCCC